AGUGCAUAGCUUAUGCAGAGAGGAAAACAUUUAUAGUAAUGUUUAAAAGGGUGACCCCGUGAUAAUAUUAGGAGAGGAUUGAAUUGUAGUGAUUAUAGAUUUUCAUCUACAAAAUCGUUUUAGUUACUUAAAUUCAUUCAGAGUAUGAUCUCAACAUACAUUUUGAUAAAACAGAAAGAUGACCGAUAGCUGCGCAGUUCAGAAGCUGUAUGAGAUCUGUAAGGAAAUCUUGUCGCCUGAAGAAGUGGUACCUCCACCAUCAGAUAUUGCCAGAUUGAAGGCUGUUCUUGAUGCUAUCAAACCAAUAGACGUUGGGCUUCAAGGGAAUGAAAGAGUGAGCUCAGGCAAUGAAGAAGAGAGGCUGUUUUACAGUAAUUUGGGUGCACACAAGAGACAAAGAGUGAGCAGGGGCACAGCACUCAUAGCUUCCCCACAAUCAUCUCAUCCUCCGCCUGUCACAUAUGUGCACAUUCAUGAAUGUGACAGUUUCUCGAUGGGGAUUUUUUGUCUGUCAAAAUCAGCAGUAAUCCCUCUGCAUGACCACCCCGGAAUGACUGUGUUUAGUAAGGUUUUAUAUGGCUCAAUGCACGUUGCUGCUUAUGAUUGGGAUGACCAACAUCAUCAUACUCAGCAUUUUUGUGGAAUGAGGUUAGCCAAAUUGAAGGUGGACUGCAUUUAUAAUGCUUCAAGUGGGAGUUCUGUAUUAUAUCCAACAAGUGCAGGGAAUAUACACUGUUUCACAGCACUGACAUCCUGUGCAGUAUUGGAUGUCAUCUCUCCACCUUAUGCAGAUGGGGAUCCCUCCUAUUAUGCUCUCCAUCCUUAUUUGGACCUUUCAAGAACAUGGGAAGAACUCAUAGAUUACAAGGAGUGCCAGGAUUUUGUGUGGUUGGAAGAGAUAGAGAAACCACAUAAUUUCAAAGUCGAGGGCCAAAUAUACACAGGUCCCAUAAUUAAUGUUAUUUGAAUUUUGUUUUAUUUUUGUUAGAGUUUCAUUUUGAUUGCGGGUUUUCACUUUGACAAUUGUAGGAUUUGAAUUUGUGACAUCUUUUUU